UUCCUGUUGGUUAAUUAAUUUGCUUUGCAUUCAGUUUCCUUUAAACUAUAAAUUCAUCGUUGGGCUAUAUAUAAUAGUUUACUAAUGACUUAGAGACCUUUAUGAAAGAUGAGUAACAAGGAUUUAAACGCAACAGCAGCAUUUCAAGAUCUUUUGAAAACACUAUGUUUAUCAGAGUUUCCGUGUGGGAUUGGAUCUUGGAGAAAUCCUAAAGACAAAUUUGCCGAGGGUCAAUAUUCAAUAACUAUGAAAGAUUACGGUGUCCAGCAUGAAAAAAUGGAAGUUUUGCAAGAAUAUUUACACUCAGGAACAUGGGAUGUUGACACAAGUUGGAGUGAGGAGGCAGCAAGUUUGCGACAGCUUGCUGUUUCUGAACCAUGGAAAAUAAACAAAAAGUUCAUUUGGCAUUAUUUUAAAACUUUGAGAUUGAUCGAUAAAGAGAUAGUGGAUCUUGAUCCUGGAAUGAAAAACUUGGUCAAUCUUGAAGAACUUACUCUUAGUGUUAAUAAACUGGAGAAAAUAUUGUCUGACAGACUUCCUCCCAAGAUUAAGGUCCUUGAGCUGUGUUAUAACAAACUGCAAACGGUAUCUUCUAUAUGCAAACAUCCACCAGCAUUGUUACAUCUUGGCCUCUCAUACAACUUGUUAGCAAGUACUCAAGAAUACAAAUAUUUUACUGCUGAAUUUUGGCCUUCACUCAUGUCUCUGGAUCUAAGUUAUAAUAAUUUGAUUGAAUUGGUUGAACUUGUGGAAAAGCUUUCAACUCUACCUAAAUUGCAAAAUCUAGUUUUGCUCGGUAAUCCAUUAUCACUUAUACCAGGAUAUCGUGGGCAUGUCAUAGAUGCAAUAAGAAAUUUAAUGAUAUUUGAUGACACUCAUGUAUCUGCUGAUGAAAAGCAUCAUUUCAAGGGAUUAGGGAAGAAAAAAGAAUUGAUAUUGGAUGAAGCACAACUUGUGAUUUCAAUCGCCGAUUUGAAAGGAAUUCCCAUGCCAGAAGAACUCAAGGAAGAUGAUGAAAGACCUGAAUUUCCAGUGAUAACAACGACGUAUGUUGUUAAAUAUGAAAUGCUACUUGAAGAAGACGAAGUUAGAAAGGGAACUGCAGAUGACAUACAAAGAAUGACCAGUGUAUCAUGGCAUCCUGAUACUGAUAUACCAGAAGAAAAUGAGAAUGAAGAGGAUGUUUUAACUCAAAGUAGUAAAAGAAUGAUUACAACAUACAAAACUCAGUCAUUAGAAUGGGAUGAAGAAGGAAUUCAUAUUGGAUACAAAAAUCUUCAUGUCACUGAUGAACUUGUUGGAUUACGAGAUUUUCUGAAGGAGGGGAUUAAAUUUGUUAUAUUGCAAGAAAAAGUUCAUCACUGGCCUGCAACGCCCAUAGAAGAUGAUGGUGAAUCACCUCUUACACCUGAUCCGAAGAAGAACAAAAAAGAUGGUGGAAAAGAUACACCAGCAAAGAAAGGUAAAGAUGCAAAAGGGAAAGACAAGGGUGGCAAAGGGGGGAGUGCUAAAGAUAAAGGUAAAAAGAAGACUGGCAAAGAUUCUAGCGCUGAUAUGAAAAGUGAUCCUCCCAUUAUUACAGAAAUAGGAAGCUAUGUUAUCCCUCUAAACUCUUUUGUGGAAGGUGAAUCAGAAUUCAAGAAGACAUGCCAUUGUGGUGGAGGUCCUAUGCCUGCUGUCACAAUUGAUGAGAGUGCAACACCAGCCAUACCAAAAGUAGAUGCUACCAAAUCGACACCUGGAAAAGGAAAGAAAUCACCAUCACCAGAUAGAAAUACCAAAUCUCGCAAAGGAUCAGCUGGAAAGAAAGGAGCGAGUAGAGGAGCAGAUAAAAAUAGGCCACCAUCUAACACGUCAGAAAACAGCGAAGAUGAAAGAAUGAAACUACCUCCUCCUAUCACAUUGUCUGUAGAUAUUGAACUAAUAAGAUGGAAAACAGCAGCAGAUAGUAUGAAACAACUUUGAGAUUUUUCUCUAGUUUGUUUGUUAUCGAUGCACUUAUAUAUUAUCAUCAAAUAUUUCUUUAUACUUUAUUGCCAAAAUAUAUUUCAAAAUAAUAUAUACUUCCAUCCAUGGGGCCAAAAUAAGCAUAUUUGUCUUUUUAUUAUUUGCUGGCAACUCAUCCAAUAAUCCU